AUGGACGGCCAACAACAAGACGCAGGGAGGCUCUACACACGUUGCUACUGCGAAGAGAAUGUCUACAACCUCGUUCGCUUCGUAAAAGAGUUACCGCAGACCUCCAGCGCCCCAGAUUUCACAGACCCUUACGCAAAAGAAAUCGUCACUUUCUUCCGCGCCAAUCAGUUGACUCUCAGCGAUGUGCACGUUGUGUUCGUGUCGUCUGACCUGGGCUGGGUGGACAUAGCAAAGCAGAAAGCGGGGCAACCUCCGAGAGGGGCCGUCAUUUGGGAUUAUCACGUCUUUGCAAUCGCUGUGGCGGAAAACCGCAAAGUUGUUUUCGACUUUGACUCUACUUUGGGCUUCCCUGCGGAUUUACCGACGUAUAUCGAGGAGAGUUUUCCGCACACUCGCCUGCCCUGCUCCGCAACCAGAAAGUUUCGUGUUGUCUCGGGCGAGCAAUACUUGGCCUUUUUCUCCAGUGACAGACGACACAUGAAGAAAACCGUAGAUGGGAUGUCGACAUGGUCUGCCACCCCUCCAACACACGCCCUCAUCAGGUCACAUCGAUCGGAGUUGAUCCAUGCACAAGAGCAGGAGUACGACCGCGAAUGGUCUAAAUGUUGGGGUCCAGCUCACACUGCUCCGGUUGACAGCAGCCACACUCUGCCCUUAUACAUUCGGAUGCCGCCGGAUGGAGCCGAAAAUGGCGGGAUCUGUAGCUCGAACCCCUUGGGAGAAGUAACGGAUCUAGAGCAGCUAAUCAAAUUUUUUGAAUAG